GGCAGUCAUGCAAUUCCAAAACCACCAAAGGUCAGGCUUCGCACUGACUAAUACAGGGGUCCACUCACCUCCUACAGUUAUCUGUUAGACAGCCAGUGACACACAAAUUCACUGGGCCAAGGAAUACCUUAAUUUCUUUUAUGAUACUGCUGAUUAAUGCCAUACCAUGUUGACCACUGCAGAUAAGAAGAGUGUCACAUGUGCAUAGAUCUAAAACCUGAUCUGUGGACAUACCUUGUUUCUUGGGAUGAAGUGAGACUGUUUGAGGAAGUUAGAAAGGGACAGAGAGAACUAUAGAAGAUAGCUGCAUUUUUGUUGAAAUUGGUUUCAGUUCUUUCAUGAUGUUAGGAAGUGUACUGGACAAUGGCCGCAGUCGUGAGACCUGGAUACUUGGACAUUGUUGUACUAAUGGGAUAUUCACAGAACAUUCACCAUGGCUAAAUAGGAGAGCCAAACCUCUUCACCACACACUGAGUCUCCCAGUGCUGUACAACCCUACUGAUGCCAUAUAUACACACUCCCCAGUGCUUCUGAAUGCCACCAUAAACUAUCACACCAGCAGUAUGAGUCGCAAGGGUGUGGGAUCUAGUGUCCAGAAAGGAGGGACAGCCUCUGACCAGUCUGAGACACCACUGGACAAGAGUAUCCUCAAAGUCCACCUUCCCAAUGGAGGGUUCAAUAUGGUCAAAUGUGGAGAUGCUACAGAUAUAAAGGGUAUAGUGCAUCUUUUGGUAGGUCGUCUGGCAGCAGGACAGAGGUACUUUGAGGCUUGCUAUGCCCUGUACCUGCGCCACCUCCAGACAGACAAGGGGUUCUGGCUCCACAGUGAUCUGACUAUGUACCAGGUCAGACAGAAGUAUGAAUCCAAGUACCCAGCAGAUGAAUGGAGGUAUGAACUGAGGGUGCGAUAUCUUCCCAAAAGCUUUCAAGAACUACAGAUCAGAGACAAAGUGACAUUCUAUUACCUAUAUGACCAGGUUCGCAAUGACUAUAUGAAAAAAAUGGCCAGUAAUAUUGAUCCAGAUGUCGCUAUCAAAUUAGGUUGCAUUGAGAUCAGGCGUUUUUUUAAAGACAUGCCUCAGACUGCUCUCGAGAAAAAAUCUAAUAUAGAAUACUUAGAGAAAGAGAUUGGUUUGAAAAGAUUUAUGCCCAAGACUGUUUUAGACAGUAUGAAGCCAAAAACAUUAAGGAAAGCCAUUCAACAGAAUUUCAAGCAAUAUGCACCGCUGUCUGAAGAGGAAUGCAUUUUUACAUUUUUUGAAACUCUUUUCACUGUACACAAAUUUAACCAAGAGAGAUUUAAAUGUGCUUUAGGGUCAAGUUGGAGCAUCUCAGUAGAACUUGUAAUUGGCCCAGAUGUAGGCAUCAGUUAUUUGACAGAAAAGGCUUCUUCACCUACACAAAUGGCUGAGUUUGCCCAGGUCCAGUCUAUCCAGACAGUGUGCAGUGACACAGACUCUAAGGGGUUACUUCAGCUGAAGAUAGCUGGUGCAGCAGAACCCCUCACCAUUACCUGCCCAACAUCCAACACAGCUGAGGACAUUGCAGAUCUUAUAGAUGGCUACUGCAGGCUGGUCAAUGGCACCAAGGCUUCAUUCUGGAAGAGGAAAGCAUCUCUAAGGACACAGACCUUGGUAUCAGGAGACGACAGCCUUCCUAAAACCCCAAGGCACAGCGUAAGAAGGACGUCUAGCAGAAAAGGCAACAGUGGCCCAGGAAGUCCCUCAGAUUUUAGUGAUUAUGCAGAGAUUGUUGAAGAGGAUGAUGACUACUCAACACCUGGAUCCAAAGAGGACUGGGAAAUAUCAAGAGACCAUUUUGACCUUGGAGAAAUUUUAGGAGAAGGUCAAUUUGGAGAUGUCCAUAAAGGAAAAUACAAAGACAAGGACAACCAGGUCAUUCCAGUGGCAAUUAAAACGUGCAAAAUAGACAAUGAAGACUGUAUGGCUGAAAAGUUUUUGGAAGAAGCAUACAUCAUGCAGCAAUUUGAUCACCCCCAUAUAGUUAAGUUAAUAGGAAUAUGCUCAGAAAGUCCUAUAUGGAUUGUAAUGGAACUGGCCAAACAUGGGGAGAUGCGUGCUUACCUACAAAGUAACAAGCACAUGUUGAGUCUAGCUACUCUGAUCAUGUAUGCCUACCAGCUCAGUACUGCACUGUCUUACCUGGAAAGUAAAAAGUUUGUACACAGAGACAUAGCAGCCAGGAAUGUGCUAGUGUCAGCUCCAGACUGUGUUAAGUUAGGAGACUUUGGUCUGUCCAGAUGGGUGGAGGAGCAGAGUUAUUAUAAAGCUUCCAAAGGCAAACUGCCCAUCAAGUGGAUGGCUCCAGAGUCUAUCAACUUUAGAAGAUUCACUACUGCUAGUGAUGUAUGGAUGUUUGGUGUGUGUAUGUGGGAGAUCUUGAUGUAUGGAGUGAAGCCAUUUCAAGGAGUGAAGAACAAUGAUGUGAUUGGGAAGAUAGAAGCUGGAGAGAGGCUGGCUCUCCCCCAUGGCUGUCCACCUGCCCUCUAUAACCUGAUGUGCACAUGCUGGGCAUAUGAACCAUCUGGAAGGCUCAACUUUACAGAUGUCCGCAAUAUUUUACAGGGUAUAUUAGAAGAGGAACGUCAGCGAGAGCAGGAACAGAUGCACAGAGAUAACAGAAGAGUGCAGGCCAUGUCAUGGGGUAAUGACUUGGAUGAACCUCCACCAAAGCCGGCCAGACCCCAAUACCCAGUAACAGUGGACAGACAGGUCUCACCAACCAGCGGUUCAUCACCAAACUUGAGUUUUGAAAACUCCCAGAACUCCCCCUCACACUUGCAGCAGCAGCCACAAUCCACUUAUAACACGGUCACCCUGGCCUCCUCUGUUGUCAACCCAUAUAGCACAACCCGUGUCACUGGGGCCGCUCACAGUAGUAGUUUUCCUAACAUUCCACAAAGUUAUGCAAGGACUGCAGCACAGGCCACAGAACUUACUUCACAUGGACACUAUCAGGUGCCAUCUCCAAGAAAUUCUUUUGUCCAAGUGUCUGGGACAUCGUCACCAAAAAGGCCACUUAGUGUUCAUGAGAGGGAAGAAAUUGAGCGGCAUAACUUAUUGGAACAACAGAAGAUGGCAGAGUUAGAGAAAACACUUAUAGAAGAGCAACUAAAGCAGCAAAAGAUGGAAUCAGAGGAGGACUCAAGGUGGUUGAGUCAGCAAGUGGGAAAGAAUGGAGAAAAAUUACCAAAAACAGAAAAAAGGCAGCCGUCUUCUAGCAGGUCAUCGGUGUCUGGAGGCAGCCGAGGUCCUAGCCCUGUGGUAGGCAGCAGUAGUGACCAGAGUGAUACAGGAGCAGGAGAUCAGGCCAUGGGCAGCUCAACUUUACCUUACAUAGAACUGGACAGAACAGAUGACCAGGUUUAUGCCAGUACAACAAGUGUGGUGCGUGCUGUAAUGGACAUGUCACGUCAAAUACCUCUGGCAUCACCUGAGGAGUAUGUGGAAUUAGUAAAGGGUGUGGGUCUGGAGCUGAGGAAACUUGUUGUCAGUGUGGAUGAACUGGUGCCACAUUUACCUGACAAUACACACACACAGAUUGAAAUGGCCAACAAAGUCCUGAGUUCGGAUAUGGCUGGUCUGAUCCAUGCAAUGAAGCUUGCCCAGCAGUACAGUCUGACCACCAUGGAUGGGGAGUAUAGGAAGGCUCUACUGAAGUCUGCUCAUGCUCUGGCCAUGGACUCCAAACAAUUACUGGACACUGUAGAUUUUGCAAGAAUGGAGGCCCAGCAGCAUGCAGAGCAUGGGACUUGAUAGGUGGAAGGCUGGCUUUUAUUUUUAUUUACUUUUUUUUUUUUACUGUAGAAUGUCGGUUAUUCAAGAUGCCAUAUAAGAAUGUCAAAGAAGCGAAGAGAGAAAUACCAGGGAGGAAAUGGAAUGUUGAAGGAAAUUAUCAAUGCGGAAGUAAUAGUGCUGCAGUUCCUGUAAUUCUUACAAGAUUCUUGAAAAUAUGGCAAAUUUCCCAGUGCAAGUCAACGGUCGCAAGAUUGAGCAAUUUGGCUAUCUUUCAAGCUUUUGCUAUUCAUCAAUGUGCUUACUAUGCAGCUGUAGUAAAAAUGUUAACCUCUUGUUUUGGUUAUUUUCAAUUUGAGAAUUUUUUUCAUUCUUAGUAUAUCUGUAUUUUAUUUGGAAUAAGAAUUAAUUACUUCCAAAAGAAUUACAUAAUUAAAACUUCAAGUAGUGCUUGUUUGUUGAUGAUAUUGCCACUUCUUGUAUAUUAGUAGCUGCUGGACAGCUUUUAGUCGUUCAAAUGUUGUCCGUCAAUUUUUUUUAGGAUAAUUUUGUCUUCAGAUUAACUUAUCAUAAGAAAUGAUACAUUAUUAUACUUUUCACAAAAUCUCAAGAAAGAUAUAACCAAAGUAGGUUUUUAAUUAUUUUACUAAGUAGUGUGUGGCUCCAAGUUGACCCUUGUCGCCUUCUCUCUCCUGUGAUUUUCGUUUUAUAUACAUAUAUAAUAUUGAUUUACUGUGAACGUAAUGUACAAGCGUGUUCACAAGCUUUGUCAGAAAUAGAUAUGUAUAAUACUUUUAUAUAGUAUGAAAUAUGUAAUAAGAGUUUGUAUGUAAACUGUUAAUAUGAUAGCUUAUAAAGAAAAAGGGGUGCUUAAUAUGCCGUGUUGUGCAAUCUACGCAAUACUCACUCGCUGCAAUUGUCGCAAUUGUGACGUCCGUAUGACCUUACAGAAACACAGAUGAAGCCUUUGAGGUGUGUAGCCGGGGUCGUAGGGAAGCGGUAGGUCUGCAGCUUCAUGUCUCUCACGACCUGCCAGGUUAGAUUAGCAAUACCAUCCUCAUUCACUUAGAAUUUAUAUGCAGGUUUUCUGUGGAUGUGCAACCAGGCACAGCAAACUACUAACAUGAAAAUUGACUUUUGUCUUCCUGUGUGUCAUGAAUAAUCAAACUUCAGUGACCUGGACUUGCUCUUAAAACACUGUGUAUGGCCCUGGGCUGAAUUUGAAAGUUAAACAUUGAUUUUUAUGAUACGUGUGUACAUCUGAAGUAGUUCUUGGAGAUUCUUUCAAUACUGAUGAUAUUCAUUUCUAAGCUUAUUGUAUAGGUUAUGGAUCGGUGAGAAGUUACUUAGUACAUUGGCUUUCGUGCAUUUUUAUUUCCUGUUUUUGAGUUAAAGAAAAUGUGUUAAGCCACACACACACAUACAUACACACAUAUAUAUAGCAGUUGUGUAUAUAUAUCACAUUGUAACAUAUGUAAAUAUGGAGCCAUAUUGAUCACCUCGCGAUUUGUACAUGAAAUGAUUAAUCAGUUCUUAGUAAAGUUGAUACCUGUAACUGUUUAACCAGGCCAUCAAAAUAAAUUCAUUGAAUCAUU